UCUCACAUGGUGUUUGGAUGAUUUAUGCACUCUCUACUGUAUACUCCGCUUCAAUGCCGCUCACGGGAAAAUUGGGGGUGAGGGGGAAAGCCUCAAACCCAUGUGUCUCAUUCAAUGGCAAAUGCCGCAUCACGAUGGGAAGGAAAAACUCCAAAGAAGCCUCCAUGCAUAAAUACAUAAAGUUCAAAGAUUUGAUGCGCCUCGAAUUGUGCUUCAAAUUUUGUGGAAGAUUCUCUUUUUUUUUCUUUUUUUUGCUUGUGAAUGGAAAAGGGUGUGAGAUGGGAUAGGAAUUUUUCCAUUUUCAACCUCUUGCAUCUCUCUUGCGCACAUGCCAUGGACCACGAGACUUUCUCGCUUUAUGAACUCUUGUGUGUCACAUAAACUCAUCGGUAUGUGGAUGUUUAUGGAGUCUCCCCGAAUGGAAGUUUAGAAAAUAGUGUAUGUAGGUAUACAUAUAGGAAGAAAAGGGAAGAGAACAAGUGAAUAAGAAGCUUCAAAUGAUUCAAACAAGAAGACAAAAAAAAAACGAAAACAGGGGUAAGGACGCGCGCGGGAUGAGGGAGAAAAACGAUGUGGUGGGUUUUUCAUCUUGCCUCCAUGCUCUUCCCGGGAAUUUUCUUCUAUAAGCACACGAUAUGGAUGAGGAGAGUGUUAAGGAGAUCUAUGUGUCUUACUAUUAACUUCUUAAUAUGUUGUGUACGUGAGGGUAGGGUUAUUCACAAGAAUUGUGACAUAAAAUAUGUUGCUAUGUUAUGUUGCAUUUCUUCUUUUUUUAAGAAGAAAAUAACAGAAUUUACUGGAAAAAAAAUUUAAAUAAAAUCGUUAAAGUCACAAAAAUUAGUUUUUCAAAGUUAACGUGUUUUAGACGUUUAACACUUGGAGGACAAAACUGGCAAUCGUUGCCAAUUUGUCUAUCUUAUUAUGAUAAACUCUACAUUUAUGUGUAGGCGACUUUAAUAACUAUAAGUUCGUCGAAAUAAAACUUGGAAAAACGUUUUCUUUUUGAGAAAUAAUUGAGGGUAAAGUUUGAGGUUAGAAAUUCGUAUCCUUCAAGUGUUAAAGAGUUUUUUAAUAGCUUUAAAUUAAAACUGGGUUUGAUCAACAUCUGGAAACGAGUUUUCGAAUUAUGACAAGUCGAAUUCGAAUAAGUCAAUGACCGGAAACAUACAACUGGUAUGAAAGGAUUUUUCCAUCACUUGGUCCUGGAGAUUUGUAACAACGCUAAGAUGGCGAUGGACGUAGAAGGGUAUAAAAAAUAAACCCACUGAAAUGAAAUAAAUUGAAUUGAAUUGAAUAUUAGCCUCAUAGCUACAGUGGAAAUGGUUGAUGGUAUGUCAAAAUGGCGGAUGGCAGCCAUUUUGUAUUUUGAAAAUAUUGAAUUUGUAACUUUUACUGAUAAAACUUUAAUCAAGAAGUCAACAGUUUAGCCGAUAUAAGGCUUUAGGAUAUUGGCUGACCGCAACAAUUUUGUCAAUUUCUAUUAUUGCAAAGCGCAAGGUCCAAAACGUGCACCUACAUAGUUUGAACUCGUUCAAAAAAUCGGAAUUUAGUCGGAAUUUAUGGUCUUUGACUUAUGUGCAAUACAAACUAAUAAGAAAGGAAUUUUGCAAUUUAAAGACUCCCUAAGGACCACAAAGUGUGAAAAGUAGGAUACAUAAAUCUUCGAAAUAUAAAGAAUGUUAUUUAAAAAAAAAAUUAGGUAGGUACUAUAUUUUACUUUUAAAAUAAUUCAUGAUUGAGGAAGAAUAUUGUAAAUAUUCGGAGAAUUCAUGAUAUAUUAAAAAAAAUCAAGGUUAUCAGACAUAACUUAUAUGUACUUCGUUAUGCUUUUACCUUUUUUUUUACAAAUUACCUUUAACGGUAGUUCACAUUAAGAUGUUUAUAUCAUCGACUAAAGUUAUUAGAAAAAACAUUUUAUGAGAUUUAACAUAAAAAAAAUUAUUGUAAAAACAUGAUUUUUUGCUUUAUUUACAAAAAAGUGUUUUGUGUAUGUUCAAAACAAUAAAAACAGAAAAUAAAUUUUAUUACUUUCCUUUUUUCCUAUUUAUAAUUUUCAAGCUCUUGGCUUUACAUACAAAUAAAGCAUAAAACUAAUAAAACUUUUUUCGAUUAAAGUUCAUUAAGUUUAGCUUUAAAUUUGAUAAAUAGUAAUAUAAUUUAGUUAGUCGUUGUAUGGAUGUUCUAGUGAAGAGUGAUAACUUACUAAAAGAAGAGUGAUAAAUUAAAAGAAAAAUAGUGAAAAUGUCUAACAUAACAUCAUCUUCGAAUGGAUCAUCAAGAAAGACAAUUUCUUUAUUUAGUCGUUCAACGUCUGUUCAAGUUUUUGUUGUUCUUAUUGGUAAAUUGCAGAAUUCUUUUUCUUCUUAAGUGUUUGAUAUAAAAAAUAGGAUUUAAUGUGUUUUUUAGGGUGUAUAACUGAAUUAAUUGGUGGAAUAUGUACCGGAUGGACAUCACCGAUGAUUUUGAUUUUUCUUUCGGACAAAACUCCCCUGGCUAGUGGUCCAAUGACCAAAGAUCAGGUAUCUCUGAUGACGUCAAUCUUCUACAUUGGAGCCUUUUUGGGCUCCUUCGUGGGUGGAUGGGUUGUUAAUGUAAUUGGCCGGAAGUGGACUAUCAUUAUUCCGAUGAUUUUGCAACUUUUAGCAAAUGCCUUCAUUGUUUUUGCAAAGACUCCCUUCCUGCUGUACGUUUCAAGAAUUUUCAGUGGAUUUUUGUCUGGGGCUAUAUUUGUUGUUUUGCCCAUCUUUAUUGUGGAAGUCACGGAAAAAAGGUUCGUUUUUCCAAAGAAUAUUUUCUUGUUAAUUUAAUUUUCUUUUUGUUAAAGUUUUUUUCUUUAUAGACUUCGGAUAACUUUAGGCAAUUUUUUCGGUCUUAUUGGUGUUGUUGGAUUACUGUUGAGUAAAGGUUUAGCUGCUCUGGGCUUCUAUGUGGUACCCAUUAGUACAAUUGCUCUAACAAUUGUUUUCCUUGGGUGCUUUGUAAUGUUUCCCGAUACACCGGAAUAUCUUCUCUUUCGCAAUAGACCAGACGAUGCGGAGAAAUCUCUUAAAUUCUAUCGUGGAAUUCCCUCUGACAGCCCUCUCGACGAGGCAAUAAUUGAGGAGUUUGAAGAAAUAAAGAAGGUUGUCUGUCUUAGAAGUCAGGAAACAUCAAUACGGGCAAAAGACUUAAGUAAAAUACUGAAGUAUGAAUGUCCAAAUUCGAAGCUUUUAAAGCUUUUUUUCUGUCAAUUAUUUUUAGAAGGAGGCACAACAAUCUUAGGCAUCAUCAUUAGCUUCAUUCUCACGUCAAAUUUGAACUUUACUGGACUCAGAGUAACGUCUUCCUUCACUGAGUCUAUCCUGGAUGAUGCAGGAAUACAGCUGGAUACCAUCAUGGUGGACAUUAUCAUGUCAGUGCUGCAAGUUUUGGGCGCAAUCUUUACAAUUUACUUAGUUCGUUGGAUAAAGAUUCGUCGCUCCUUUCUCACCUUCUACUUUCUUAGCCUUAUUGGCUUUUUCGGAGCUGCCGUUCACUACUAUUUGCACGAGCAUGGAAUGGAUUUGGUGCCCUUUACAUGGUCCUACAUGAUCUGCAUCACCUUGGCCAUUGCUGUUCCUUGGGGAGGGAUCAACACGCUUUCCAUGAGCAGUGCAUCGUUGGUUUUACCUCUCAAGCUUCGUGGAUGUGUUCUUGGUGUAAUGAACACUGUAAGUGUGGGAGUAGCAUUCUUUAUGACCCAGUACUACCUCCUUCUCGUGGACACAGUUGGAAAUUCCAUGGUUAUGGCAGCUUUUGGUAUUUGGUGCCUCUUUGCGGGUAUAUUUAGUAUUUUCUUCUUACCCGAAUUAGAGAGUAAAACCUUCAGUGAAAUCGUUGAAUCACUCAACAGGAGACUUCCAAAAUGCUUAAGAGAAAGCUCAUUGAACAAUAGUUCUUGAUAAAUUUCAAUGAACUGCAGAAAUAAUUUAGAGAACAUAAGUAGAAUGAUAUAUUUAACGAAAAUUUCAAAUUAUAAUGUAAAUGUUCAGAAUCGAACAAGACUUCUUUAUUGAAAUAUUAUAUAAAUAGCCAACAAUAAUGGGGCGCUCUUAAAGGGGAGGUUCCAAGCCUUGGUAAUUUCAGCUAAAACAAAGAUUUGCAUUUAAAACCUAUCCAAACAUUCCUAAUCAAUUCUACUCACAUUGGGAGUAACUAUUCCUCCUUAUAUUUGGCUUGGUGGUCUCUUUUCUGAUCUUUUAAUCUUCCUGUAAUAACGGUUAUAAUUUAUAUUUCUACUUCCUUUGCAAAAUGCCCAUAUGUCCUCCUAACCUUUCUUUUUGUCUUCUCAACAGCUUUUCCCCUUAUUCCCUUAUAUUUUCUCUGGGUAUUUCACCUGAUAUAUUAUUUAUUCUUAAUUCUCUUCUAUAUCUCUUUUUUUAUCCUAUUUACUUCGAUAAUUAAUACACAAAUCAAUAAAAACGUGGAGCAACUAAUUUCACAACUUUUUUCAUGUCGCUUAUCUCUUCUUCUUCUAAACUAACAUAACCACCCUGAAGUUAUCACCCUAACAAUUUGAAUUUGAAUAUUUAACAGUUAACUAGAAUACAAGGAGUUGAAGUACAUGAGAGAAUCAACAGAUUUAGAUCACGUAGGAGCCUGGCAAUUAUAUUUAGGAUACUUUUGCAAAUUAAAUAAAAAUGUACUCUAUAGAAAAAAAAA